CAUUUUGACACUUGCGUUAGUCGCUGUAACCACAAACAAAUAAACGUUGCGACAAAAGGUACUCCAAGGCAAGGGAAGAAGAUGUUGCGUUCCAAACUUACACAGGCAGCAUGCGCCGCCGUCCAGCGGACAUUCUCCACCAGUCCCAAGGUGCUGGCCACCAAGCAAUUAACGGUUCGGGAUGCAUUAAAUAGCGCCCUAGAUGAUGAAUUGGCUCGCGACGAACGCGUAUUCAUACUUGGUGAAGAAGUGGCUCAAUACGAUGGUGCAUACAAGGUAUCACGUGGACUGUGGAAGAAAUAUGGAGACAAACGCGUCAUUGAUACACCAAUCACAGAAAUGGGUUUCGCUGGUAUUGCCGUCGGAGCUGCCAUGGCUGGAUUGCGUCCCGUUUGCGAAUUCAUGACCUUCAACUUUGCCAUGCAGGCCAUCGAUCAUAUCAUUAAUUCGGCAGCCAAGACCUUCUACAUGUCGGCUGGCGCUGUUAAUGUACCCAUUGUGUUCCGCGGCCCAAAUGGAGCUGCCUCUGGUGUGGCUGCACAGCAUUCACAAUGCUACGCUGCCUGGUACGCACACUGCCCCGGCCUGAAGGUUGUUUCUCCCUACGACUCUGAAGAUGCUCGUGGACUGCUUAAGGCUGCCAUUCGGGAUCCCGAUCCAGUUGUCGUACUGGAGAACGAGCUUAUGUACGGUGUUGCAUUCCCCGUGGACGACAAAGUGGUCGACAAAGACUUUGUUGUGCCCAUUGGCAAGGCGAAAAUCAUGAGGCCCGGCAAGGAUAUUACCAUUGUGGCGCAUUCCAAGGCGGUGGAAACCGGUCUGCUUGCUGCCGCCGAGUUGGCCAAGAAAGGUAUCGAAGCUGAGGUAAUCAAUCUUCGUUCCAUUCGUCCCCUGGAUACGGCAACCAUCUUUGCCUCUGUCCGCAAGACACAUCACCUGAUCACCAUCGAGAAUGGCUGGCCCCAGCAUGGCGUCGGUGCUGAGAUCUGUGCCCGCAUUAUGGAGGAUCAAACAUUCUUCGAACUUGAUGCCCCAGUCUGGCGUUGCUGCGGUGUUGAUGUACCCAUGCCCUAUGCCAAAACACUCGAGUUGAAUGCUCUACCCCGUGUUCAUGAUGUUACAGAGGCUGCACUUAAAGUGCUCGGUGGCAAGGCUGGAAAAGCUGUUGCGGCCGCCAAGUAGAUGCAAUGUUUAUUAUUAAAAUUAACUUUAUGGACAGCUAGUCUUGGUCCCAUAUCCCUGCCUCCGAAAUUAAGCGCACUACAGUGAAAAAAUCGAAAUUGUAAUAUGAUUUGUUGGAAACUAGGCUGCUUUAAUGCUGCCCCUGGUCUAAAGACACUCUAGUUAAUUAAUAUAUUGGGUUAACGAAAUCUCUAUUGAAAAUAAAACGACAUUAGUAACAUGAAAAAUGAA